AAGGCUCCCUCCGGGAAGGCGCGGUGGGGCUGAAGGGUCGGGAAGAGGGGUGACUGCGGGGCUCGUUGCGCCGAAGAUUUACAGUACUUCUCGCAGGCGGCGCAGCAACCCCCUCUGUGGCUGUGGGUGUCUGGUGUGACGGAGCGGAGAAAAGCUCUCUAAUCUCCCAGGGCCUGCCUCUGCCGCUCCCCUCCCUCCCGCCGUUCCGGCCUCCUCGCUCUCGCGCUCUCGCCGUGGCCUUUCUCGGGGAGUUUCGGUCCCUGAGCGCAGCCAGAGUAGCUUUGGCAAUCUAGAUCUGGAGCCUGUGUACACACGCUCACGCACACACGCGCGCACACACAUGCACACUCACUCGCACACACGCACUCCGGCUCUCCCCACGGGCAUAUAGAGCAAACCCGGAGCUUCAUCUACCUUAGGGAGAUGGCCCGGACGGACACUUCUUGCUCACUUGUCGUCUCCGGAGGUCAGCGCAACGUCGGGACCAGGGAGGCUCGCUGCCCGGUGUGCAGCCUCGCGCUGUUUGCCGCCACCGCUGCUUAAAGUGUCCAGGCUGGAGGAGAAGGCUUCUCCUGGACAGAUUCCCGGCGCAGCUCUGCGGCCCUGGGACUUCACUGAGCUGCUUCACCCGGGUCUCUUCCGCCCCGGCCAUCCUCGCGUCCCCGGCUGCGGGGCUCAGGACUCGGGAGCCUCCGCCGCUGCCGCCGCCGCCGCUGCUGAGAGCACAUCCCACCCAGAGGACUGAACGCCAGCGCUGGAGUGGGGAGAGAAAGCGGCAGCCCUAACUUCCCUUUCCAUCGCUCCCUCCUUGGCAGCCGCGGACCCGCUAGAAGGCUCCCGCGGAAAGCCAGGCGAGAGCUCGGCGCUGGGGACGGCGAGCUGGGAGCAGCGGGCGCACAGGGGCGGGGGCAGCCUGCGCCCCGGAGCCCGGCGCCCGCCGAAGAAGUAGUGCGCGCUCUGGGGCGAGCAAGACGCUCUUCAAGUUGGGCGCGUCCCAGAGCUCGCUGGCUCGCUCCCCUGCAGCCGGUGUGGUGUCCGGAGAGAGGCGGGGCUGAUGGGGGGGCUCGUGGGCGCUGUCGCCUACGGACAGAGCCCGUCUUAAAAGACGCCCGGCCGGUCUCUCCAGGGUCGCAGCUGGCGUCGCGCCCUCGGCCGGCGCGCGCUCUGAUGCCGACGCUGCCGGUGGCCCGGGUGGCCCGCUCACGGGGGGCGCCCGAGGGGGCGGGGGAGGAGGAGGAGGCUGUGUGAUGGCCCUAGACGGCGAGCGGGGGAAACAAGAGGAGGAGAAGAAAAAGAAGAAGAAGAAAAAGAAGAGGAAGAAGAAGGAGCAGGGGGCUCAGAAGAGCGGCUCCCUCUUCGCGGCCGCGAUGGGCGAGAACGACGCCGCGCUUCGGGCCGGCGGCAGGGGGCUCUCGGACCCGUGGGCGGACUCCGCGGGGGUGCGGCCCCGCACCACCGAGCGCCACAUCACGGCGCACAAGCGGCUAGUGCUGGCCUUCGCGGUGUCCAUCGUGGCGCUGCUCGCGGUCACCAUGCUCGCCGUGCUCCUCAGCCUGCGCUUCGACGAAUGUGGGGCGAGCGUGCCGUCCGGCGCCGACGGCGGUCCGGCAGGCUUCCCGGCGCGCGGCGGCAACGAGAGCCUUCCGGGCCCGGCCCGACGGAACCACCACGCCGGCGGGGACCCCUCACAGCCCGGGGCAGGCGUGGAGGCCACCCCUGAGACCCCGUCCGCCCAGCCGCCGUCUGGGGAGGAGCGCGAGCAGUGGCAGCCGUGGACGCAGCUGCGCCUGUCGGGCCACCUCAAGCCGCUGCACUACAAUCUGAUGCUCACCGCCUUCAUGGAGAACUUCACCUUCUCCGGCGAGGUCAACGUGGAGAUCGCGUGCCGGAACGCCACUCGCUACGUCGUGCUGCACGCCUCCCGGGUGGCGGUCGAGAAGGUGCAGGUGGCCGAGGACCGGGUGGCCGGGGCGGUCCCGGUGGCCGGCUUUUUCCUCUACCCGCAAACCCAGGUCUUGGUGGUGGUGCUGAAUAGGACUCUGGACGCGCAGAGGAAUUACAAUCUGAAGAUCAUCUACAACGCCUUGAUCGAGAACGAGCUCCUGGGCUUCUUCCGCAGCUCCUACGUGCUCCACGGGGAGAGAAGAUUCCUUGGUAUUACUCAGUUUUCGCCUACACAUGCCAGAAAGGCAUUUCCUUGUUUUGACGAGCCAAUCUACAAGGCUACUUUCAAAAUCAGCAUCAAGCAUCAAGCAAGCUAUUUAUCUUUAUCCAAUAUGCCAGUGGAAACUUCUGUGUUUGAGGAAGAUGGAUGGGUUACGGAUCACUUUUCACAAACCCCUCUCAUGUCCACGUACUAUUUAGCCUGGGCAAUUUGCAACUUCACAUACAGAGAAACUACCACCAAGAGUGGGGUUGCAGUACGCUUGUAUGCAAGACCCGAUGCUAUCAGAAGAGGAUCCGGGGACUAUGCGCUCCAUAUAGCAAAGCGAUUAAUAGAAUUUUAUGAAGACUACUUUAACGUGCCCUAUUCCUUGCCAAAACUAGAUCUUUUAGCUGUGCCUAAGCAUCCGUAUGCUGCUAUGGAGAACUGGGGACUAAGUAUUUUUGUGGAACAAAGAAUACUGCUGGAUCCCAGUGUUUCAUCUAUUUCUUAUUUGCUGGAUGUCACCAUGGUCAUUGUUCAUGAAAUAUGUCACCAGUGGUUUGGUGACCUCGUGACUCCUGUGUGGUGGGAAGACGUGUGGCUGAAGGAAGGGUUUGCUCACUACUUUGAGUUCGUUGGUACAGACUACCUCUAUCCCGGCUGGAACAUGGAAAAACAGAGGUUUCUGACGGAUGUUCUACAUGAAGUGAUGCUGCUUGACGGCUUGGCCAGUUCCCAUCCAGUAUCACAGGAAGUGCUACGGGCGACAGAUAUUGACAGGGUGUUUGACUGGAUCGCAUAUAAAAAGGGUGCUGCUUUAAUUAGAAUGCUGGCUAAUUUUAUGGGCCAUUCAGUAUUUCAAAGGGGUUUGCAAGAUUACUUAACUAUUCAUAAGUAUGGCAAUGCAGCCAGAAAGGAUCUCUGGAAUACACUAUCAGAGGCUUUAAAAAGGAAUGGAAAAUACGUAAAUAUACAAGAAGUAAUGGAUCAGUGGACUCUCCAGAUGGGUUAUCCCGUUAUCACCAUCUUGGGAAAUACAACAGCUGAAAAUAGAAUAAUAAUUACCCAGCAGCAUUUUAUUUAUGAUAUCAGUGCUAAAACUAAAGCACAUGAACCUCAAAAUAACAGUUACCUGUGGCAGAUUCCAUUAACUAUUGUGGUAGGAAAUAGAAGCCAUGUAUCUUCAGAAGCAAUUAUUUGGGUGUCUAACAAAUCAGAACACCAUAGGAUAACUUUGGACAAAGGAAGCUGGUUGCUGGGGAACAUCAAUCAAACUGGUUAUUUUAGAGUCAACUAUGAUUUAAGGAACUGGAGAUUAUUAAUUGAUCAAUUAAUCAGGAACCAUGAGGUUCUUUCUGUCAGCAACCGAGCAGGUUUGAUCGACGAUGCCUUCAGCCUAGCCAGAGCUGGGUAUUUGCCUCAGAGCAUUCCCCUGGAGAUUGUCAGAUACCUGUCUGAGGAAAAGGAUUUUCUUCCUUGGCACGCUGCCAGCAGAGCUCUUUACCCUCUAGAUAAAUUACUGGACCGCAUGGAGAAAUACAACAUCUUCAAUGAAUAUAUUUUAAAGCAAGUUGCAACGACGUACAUCAAGCUUGGUUGGCCAAAAAACAAUUUUAAUGGAUCUCUUGUCCAAGCGUCCUACCAACACGAAGAACUGCGUAGAGAAGUUAUAAUGCUGGCAUGUAGCUUUGGCAACAAACACUGCCACCAACAAGCAUCAACACUUAUUUCAGACUGGAUUUCCAGCAACAGGAACAGAAUACCACUAAAUGUUAGAGACAUCGUCUACUGUACAGGAGUUUCACUACUGGAUGAGGAUGUCUGGGAAUUCAUAUGGAUGAAAUUCCACUCUACCACAGCCAUUUCUGAAAAGAAAAUAUUAUUGGAAGCCUUAACUUGCAGUGAUGACAGGAAUUUAUUAAAUAGGCUUCUAAAUCUAUCACUGAAUUCUGAGGUGGUUCUGGAUCAAGAUGCAAUUGAUGUGAUAAUCCAUGUAGCUCGAAAUCCACAUGGCCGAGACCUUGCCUGGAAGUUUUUUAGAGAUAAAUGGAAGAUAUUAAAUACCAGGUAUGGAGAAGCAUUAUUUAUGAAUUCCAAACUUAUCAGUGGUGUUACAGAAUUUCUUAAUACUGAAGGUGAACUGAAAGAGCUAAAGAACUUUAUGAAGAGCUACGACGGAGUAGCUGCUGCCUCUUUCUCAAGAGCUGUGGAAACUGUCGAAGCCAAUGUACGCUGGAAAAUGCUUUAUCAGGAUGAGCUUUUCCAAUGGCUAGGAAAAGCUCUGAGACAUUAAUAUGUGUCUCUUAUAAACAGUUCAACUCAGAAUUUUGUGAGAAGACCUGCUGUGGAAUGAGGAAUAUGGCCAGAUUUUCAGUGUUAACAUGUGGGAGGAAAUUUUUUUUUAAUUUUAGGAAUUGUUUUUGGUUUUAUUCAUUCUGUUUUGUUUCUCUACUGGGUGUUCUUCUCUUAAGAAACUCUUGCAAGUGAAUCUAGCCGUGACUGCUUCUGCUGUACAUUCCUCGCUGUACAGGACCAAUAUGAUAGUGGUGCAUGUUGACGUUGCAGUCAGUAUGGAAAAACAUAUUCAGAAAACGUUGUGCAUGGUUGUAUGGUCCUGCCUGUGUUCCAGCAUGCUUAUUUAAAAUGUCCAAUGUUGUAUGUGAAUAUAUGUUACAUCUGGAUGGGCAUUAUACAAAAGCACAAAGAUUAUCUAUGACAAUCAGUGUUGCAACAAAAGAAAAAACUAAAACAGGGAGUUAUAGUCAUAGUUCUGGGCAAUGUGAGAGGUGAAAUCACCCUUUGAUUGGUGUCAUAUAUUUCAGCACUUGGAUUGUCUUGCAAAGAUUAUUGUGUUACUAAUUUUCUUUGAGUUAAAGCUGUGUAUAUGUUUUUUAAAAGGCAUAUAGAUUCUGUGUGCAUAUGUAUAUGUGCAUAGGGAAGCCCAAUAUGUAUAUAGUAUGCUGUACUCUGCACUUGUGCAAAAACUUCACCUCAAAGAAAAUUUAUCUCUUUUUAAAACUUAUGCAAACUUUGAAAAUGCUUCAAAGAAUUUAUCUCAGUACUAUCCUUCCUGACAAUUUCCUGAUAAAUUUCUCACCUGUUAUAGAUUUUUUUUCAUCUAUUUCCUGAAUAGUCUAUUCUACUACAUAAAAAUGAACUAAAACAAAAUUUUACGUACAGACACUCUUCUCAUUUUCCUAAGUAGCAGCCUCACCUCGUAAAUAUAGAUUCUGUCAUCAUCUUAGUCAAACUUCCCAUUGCAUAAACAGUUGAGCACACGUAAUGAUGAUCAGUGCCGAGAAAGUGUUUCUUUGUCAUCUUGUUUGUUUUUCCACUUUUUUCAUGUUGGGUGGGUCCAGAGAGUUAAAAACUCUCUCCAUGUGUUGAUCUUUGGGUCUGUGUGACUCUAAUCCCCCAUGAAGCAGCCCUACUUCAGGUGGAUUUUAAUGAUCUUUGAUGCCAGUUGUUCCAUCCAUUAUGAUGAAAAGUUUCUUUUCUUGAGCAAAGCGCAUCCUUUGGCAUUGCCCACUCUGUUGUAACUGAGAAUUUUGAAUACUUCUCCUGAUUGUGUAUUAUGUAACACAAGUGUUUUUAAAUGGUACUCUCACCCAGUAGGCCAGCUCUCCAAGCACUGCUUAGAUACUCAAAAAUGAACAUAUUUUAAGUUUGCCAUUAUGAAAUGCCAAUACAACUAAUCGCACAUAAGCCAAAUGUUUGUGGACCACUUAAUGUUUUCCUGAGGUUUUUACACUUCUCCAAAUUUUACAAAUCAUUGAAAGAAUAUUUUCUAGCUCCAAUAGUCACUGAACACUGGGGGGAGGAAAGUAGGCAUUUUAGAAACCAGAGCUAUAGAUUUAUUAUAAGUUUGCAUAAAGAGGAGCAAUUUCCUAAUCCAUAGAACAAGUAUCAUCUAAAGUUGAAUUUUAUCUUUUUAGCAAUUAAUUGCUAUUACUCAUAUUUUUUUCAGCACUUCAAUUAAUAUAUGAUUUUUAAAUACUCUAUGUGUUGUUACUAAGACAUACUAAUGCUUAAUAUAAAAUCUAAAAGUCAUCCCAUCUAUCUGAAGUGAUGAAAUUUAGUACAUAUCACACAUAUGUGAAAUCUUUAAGGGGUAAGUUCUGAAACAUCAGUUAUAAAUAUCACUGUCAUGCAGGUCCAAAAUAUGUACUAUAUCACCACUGGAUUCCUUUUGAUAGAAAAGUUAAAAAUUAGAGGUGGCUGUCUUGUUUUGUGUCGUGAAUUACUGAAAAUUCUUGGUAAUUGUGACAUUCUUUUGAGUGAAAGCACCAUUUCCAGCUUUGAGUUACAAAGGGGUUUUAUAGUUCUGUUUUCCUCUGCACUGUUAAUAAUUUUAAUCCUCUUCAGUAUUUUAGUGGCCUUGAACAACUGGUUUAACUACAAUGUCAAAUCCUAAGUGUAUAAUUAUGUGCAAUGUUCAAUACCUCAUACCUGUUCAACAGUAUAGUGAUAUCAAUGGCAUUGAGAUGGAAUUUCUGUUCUACAUAUUUUUCAAUAAUUUAUCCUUUCCAGUGUUGAAGAUUAUAUCAAGCUUUAACCUUUUUUAGUUGUUUAAAUGAGUAAUAUUUUCAAAAUAAUAAAAUGACCAAUGGUAUCUCUUG